AUGGACACACGGUCACUGGAAACGUUAGUGACUAUCCCGUCAUUUCGCUGAAUUACAUUGGAUACAACAAGGGGCUUUUAUACUUUAAGCGCCUAGCUCUGUUGAAUGAUGUCGUGUCCAAUUUCACUUGUGAUACUCACAGCGUAAAACAUAAGGAUUGAAAGUCAAUUUCACCCGAUAUAUUAUAUUUGAAGCGUAAAUGGUAAUAUUGACAUUACGUGUUAACUGGGGAGAAGGUAUUUGAUCCGGACGUAGUGAUCCAUCGAGCGGACCGCCUGGCUAGAGACAUAGAGACAAAAAUCACACACCGCGUGAUAUCUCUGUGAACCUCAGUCGUUGUCGGUUUAUUAUAGGUGUUCGAUCAUUUACACGCUGUCUGUGUAAAUACAUAUCCGUCAUCCGGCACUUACAACCCUUUUAUUAUUGUAUUGAUAUUCCGCGCACGUCACGAUGGAAGGACAACUCAGUGCCGACAAUCUGAAGGCACACGACGCACAUCUAAAGGGGUCGGUCGGUAUACAACCUGAAAGAGGUGCGGAUAGCUCUACCAAGUCAUCACUGACUCACAAAAUGGGACUACCAUCUAACAAACUAAGCCUCAAGGAUAGGCUUACCUUAGGGGGUCACUCUUUGACGGAAGACAAAAAGAGUGAUGCUGGAAGUGGUUCGAGGCUAUCGACCAGUAUGAACAAAACGAGGUUCAGCCGCCUUCGAACUAAACUAAAGAUACAAGGUCUUCUUGGCGGGACUUUAUCAAAGGCAGGAUCUGAGUCUGGUCAUAAACCGAUCAAGUCGUUGGAGAAUACCUACAAAGUAGAACCUGAGGAUGGAAAGCAAUUUUCUAUAUCUAAAGCCGAGCAGAUUAUGACGAACGUGUUCGAUGCGUAUUUAAAAGGUAGACAGUAUGACGCCAAAAGGUUUCGACUUCUGUCGAAAUCUUUAGCAGACAUGAUCAAAGAGAGAAUGAAACUAAGUGGCAUUGCGCGGUACAAGAUCGUAGCUACUGUGCUUAUUGUGGAGGACUGUGGUCAAUCCGUCCGACUGGGCAGCCGCAGUCUCUGGGACACAGAACAUGAUAACCACGCGACUGUUGUAUUCAAAGGAGAUGGAUUUGAAGCCGUCGGAUCCAUUUUCGCCACAUUUUUCGCCUGACUUAAACUAUCGGUGAAUUGUUAAUGGUGCUUGCUAUACGAUAUUACAAUCGUUUGAUACCAUACCGUUCGGACAUACGUCAAGUGUAUGUUUCAUGUAUAAAUAUAUAUAUAUUGUUAUCAUUAUAAGUGGAUGAUUACAUUGUGACUUUUUUUUCGUAUUCGCAAGAGGUAUAUUUUCAUUCUCUCUUGUGGGGUGACCGUAAAGGAGCUGAUUAUUUAUAUUUGUUGAUGCAUUAAUUCAAGAUGGAUAUUUUUGCACUCCCAGAUUUUGUAAAAUAUGUGUGAAAGGGGCACAAAUUACGAGUGGAGUUUUACCAUCUGUGUAUCCUUAGAUAUUUUUAUUACAUUCGAGGCAAUGGCCGUGAAGAAUGGACAUCGUGCUUGCUUUUGUAUGUCAACAUUAACUGGAUUCACUCUUUGAAGUCCUGUGAUAAGCAGGAAGCAAAUGGAAGAAUAUGUAUGUCGCAGAAAUAAUCAGAGGUAAUUGUGUCGCCGGAACGACCAACGGUACAAUAUGCAGUAACCAAUGGUUCAGUGUGUUGCGAAAGCAAAUAGUGUUUUGGGAUAUAUUUUCUCAACAAGCACGUCAUUUCAGAAGUGGUUGUGAAUUGGUUAUGUGUAUUCGAUUGGUGUUUGUAUAUCGUCAGUGUCCAAUUGUCCGAAGUCGACAAUUUGAUUUAAAGGGAUUAUUAUACUGACCGUUGCCGGCCAAUCAUGACCAUUACUCCCUCCGGCCAUGAUCAGUUUAUAUUGCAUAUUGACAUGACCUCAUAUUUACAAAACCUCAAAACAUAUUUGCAAAGGGACUUAAAUCUACAACAUAAACACUGUUGAAGAUUAAUCCCUAAGGUACAUCAUAAAGUUUGUGUUCAAACUAUUCAGAGCUCGCGUGCUAAAUCGUAAAUGCAUAUAUAUGAAAUACCAUUGACUAUCUUCUAAAUGAGGUUUAUAUAUAUACAUAAAUACAUUUCCGUCCAUGAGUUAUUAAAACGAAAUUUCA